GUCUGGUGAUGAAUUUUUGAGCCUCUGCUCUUUCUAUUCUUCCAUGGUAGGAAAGAAAAGAAUUUUUGGGAUUUUGGGUUUGAAUAUUUCUCAAAAUUUCCUGUCAAAAAGGUGAAUAAAAUGGGGGAAGAAGAAGCCUCGACAUCGAGUUCUUCGAGCUCCCGGCAGGAAGAUGCCAACGAAGGCAUUGAGACCAAUGUGGUGUUGAAUGUCUACGAUCUCACACCUCUCAACAACUACACGUAUUGGUUCGGGUUCGGGAUAUUCCACUCGGGUAUUGAAGUUCAUGGUAAGGAGUACGGAUUUGGAGCUCACGAUUUUCCAGUUAGCGGAGUUUUUGAAGUAGAGCCAAGAAGCUGUCCUGGUUUUAUUUUCCGAUGUUCCAUACCAUUGGGCCACAUAAAGAUGGCUCCUUCUGCAUUUAGAAUGUUUGUUGAGGGUGCAGCUUCUGAGUAUCAUGGAGAUACAUAUCACCUCAUCUCCAAGAAUUGUAACCAUUUUACGGAUGAAAUCUCACAUAGAUUGACAGGCAAACAUAUACCUGGAUGGGUGAAUCGGCUAGCCCGGCUAGGUUCUUUGUGUAGCUGUCUGCUUCCUGAAAGUCUUCAAGUAACUGCAGUAAAACAGUUGCCUGAAUACCAUGAACGUGCAGAAAAUGGAAGUGAACCUCUCUCAGGCGCAACCCCACGUAAAUCAAUAGAAAUCUAUGACGCAUAUCCAGAAAAGCAACUGCUGUCACCAUUAAGUGAAGCUAUGGAUGUGACUUUUGUCAAGGAGACCCCCCAGCUGUGACUGAACGCAGUCUAACAGAGAGCUUUUAUUUGAAAUUCAUCAAGAAUGCUUGCCCGACAGUUUCCUGCUAGAAGAAAGUAGCUGCUGCUUGCAUGAUCUUCAUUCAAAUGUUGUAAUUUCUCUUAAUUCUUUCUAAUUCUUAACUUAGCUGAGGUAUUCAUUUACUUUUUCCUUUGAUUUUUCUUUGAACAGAAAAGGCUAACUAUAAAGUAGUCUGUUGUAU